CAAGUCGAGCAGCAGCAGAUGCACGAAGUCGCUCAGAGAGGCCCCAGUCUGCUGCCGCCUCCAGGAUCAUCGGCAUCAGCCUCCAGGAGGCUCAGCAGAUCCUCAACGUCUCGAACCUCAACCCAGAGGAGAUCCAGAAGAACUACGACCACUUG